UCGUUAUGACAAAUCUGUUGCCAGUUAACGCUACAGCUGCAGCUGUUCCUGUUAAAAAUGAAAAGGGCGUGCUUACAAUGGAAAAAGUGCGCGUCGCUCGCUACGUGGCCGGAAAGAUUCCAGAAUAUGCCGGACAAGAGCGAGACGAAGACGACGACGAAGAGAUUUUUGAUCGCAGCGGCGCCGCAGUGCGGAACGAGGAGGAAGCGAGCGAAGCGAGCGAGGAAGAAAUCGACAUGGACGUGGAUGACAGACGACUGAGGCGCUUAAUGCUAAACAAACCAGAAGAAAUAACAGAAUCGAGGCGUAGAAUACGAGAACCAGAGAUUUUGGAACUUGCAGAGGAUGAUGUGGGCGUGGUCAAUGAGGAGGAAGAGGAGGACGAAGCAGGAUCAGAGGAGAUUUCGGAUGAUGAAAUAGAGAGGAAAAGACAGUUAUUGCUUGAAAAGGCACGACAGAGGGAGGAGGAGAGAGACGCUAUGGAUGUUGAGGAUGAAAUCAAGAGUGAAGAGGAAGAGGAGGAAGAAUCGGAGUACGAAACGGAGAGCGAUAGCGAAGAGGAGGCGCCGAGAUUGAAGCCUGUGUUUAUUCGGAAGGCAGACAGGGUGACGGUGAAGGAAAGAGAGAAAAUUGAGGAGGCGAAGGUACGACUAGAGGAGAACAACAAACGAACAGCACAGUUGAGAAGGAAAGAAUCAGUGAAGUUGGCUGGUGAGGCUAUCCGACGAGAACUUCAAGACGAACAAGGAGAGUUUGAGACUUCCAACAUUGGAGAUGUCAAUACUGAUGAUGAAAAUGAAGAGGAGGCGUACGAAAUGUGGAAAGUCAGAGAGUUGAAGAGAAUUAAGAGAGACAGAGAAGAACGGGAACGUAUGGAAAAGGAGAAGCAAGAGAUUGAUUCUAUUCACCAAAUGACGGAAGAAGAACGUCAUUCCAUAUUCAAGAGCAAUCCCAAAGAAAUCACAAAUAAAGCAACAAAAGGAAAGUACAAGUUCUUACAGAAGUAUUAUCAUCGUGGCGUCUUCUAUCUCGAAGAAGAGCAGAACGUGCUGAAACGAGACGUGUCCAUGCCAACACUUGAGGAUCAUUUUGAUAAGACAAUACUGCCACAAGUUAUGCAAGUGAAGGACUUUGGUAGAGCUGGAAGAACGAAGUGGACGCAUCUUGUUAAUGAGGAUACAACGAAGUCUGAUUCGCCGUGGGCUCAAGCAAAUCCUCUAAACGUCAAGAUCAGUAACAAGGGAGGCGGAAUGAAGCAAGACUUUGCUCGACCAUCAGGGAAAAAACGGAAAGUCUAGUUUGUCAUCAGAACAACAAAAGUGUAUAAAUCAGUUCGGAAUUAACCUUCAAUUCAUCUUCAAUUUAGACACUUGUUCUUAUUACAUGUGUAUUUUGUCUCGAGGACAUCGUAAUAAUAAACUGUAGAUACAAAAUUUAGACAACCGCGCAACUUGUGU